AUGUCUCCUUUUGAAGUAGUAUAUGGCUUUAAUCCUUUAACUCCGUUAGAUUUGUUACCUUUACCCGAUAUUUAUUCUAUGACUAACAAAAAUGGACUUGCCAAAGCAAAUUUUGUGAGGAACUUGCAUAAAGAGUUAAAGGCCCAAAUAGAAAAGAAGAUGGAGAAGUUAGCCUCUAAGGAUAACCAAGGGAGGAAGAAGAUCAAGUUUGAACUUGACGAUUGGGUGUGGGUUCACUUAAGGAAGGAGAGAUUUCCUUCUAAAAGGCAAUCUAAACUUUUACCAAGAGUAGAUGAAUCAUUUCAACUUCUUAAAGAAUCAAUGACAAUGCCUAGAAGAAUGAAUAUUAAUGACUUGUCUCCAUUUAAUGUAGGUUCGAAUUUGAGGACAAAUUUGCUUCAAGAAGGAGGGAACGAUAGAGGAAUAUCCCUAGAUUCCAUAGAAGAAAAACUUGAAGAUGAACCUUUACAAUUCAAAGGACCUAUGACAAGGCAAGGAGCAAGAGAUUGA